AUGAUCGUCCUGGCCGACGACCUGAUCGACGGCGGCUCGCACGCGCACGCCCUCGGCGACGGCCACGGCCCCGGCAGCCCGGCCCACGGCGGGUACUACAGCGACAGCGAGGAGGAGCUCGACGAGGAUGACGAGAUUUGCCACCUAUGCUCGCUGCCCAUCCGGCCGCAGGAGCCGCGAGUGCUGGUGGACGAGCCGGCCACCGGGCCGGCUACCGGCGCCUCGACCGACUCCAUCGACGACGACCCCCUUGCCAGCCCCCCCCUGGCGCCUCCCCAUCAGCAGCCAUCGCACUCAUCCAUGAGCCUGGCCGCCGGGGGCGUGUACAUCCACAUCCACUGCAUGCGGUGCAAUGUGUGCGCCGCGUCGCUGCUGGAGGCCCCCUUCUCGCUGGACCAGAAUGAGCGCGUCCUCUGCGUCGGCUGCUCGCCCAAGUGCCACCAGUGCCACCAGACCAUCCUCCGGGACCUGGUGCAGGCCUUCGGCCGGACCUACCACGGGGAUUGCUUCCAGUGCUACCAGUGCCACCAGCCGAUGAAGUCCUCGCCGCAGUGCUCCUCCUCCGGGCUCGGCGGGUCCAACGGGACCCCCGGCUCGUCGCAGCAUUUCUACCAGCAGUCCGGCCAGCCGAUUUGCUCGCGGUGCAUGUCCAAUCGGUCGGUCUUCAUCAAGCGCGCCUUCCCCGAGGCGGACGAGCUCCUGCACACCACGCCCCCGACGCCGACCGAUGCCGAUCCCAGCAUGGACGAGGCCCCGCUGACGCCGACCACCGCCGAGUCCGACCACUUCAUUUCGCUGUCGGACUUCCAGCACGGGUCCGUGUCGAAGCUCCCCCGGUCGGACUCCACCCUGUCGGUGAUGACCCCGCGGCCGUCGUCAACCAUGGUCUUCAAUCUGGCCAACUCCCGGACGCUGGAGGGUGUUCUCAACUCCGAGCAGGGGACCGACUACUUUGUCCGCUUCUGUAUCGAGGAUUACUCGGUGGAGAAGAUCUUCUUCGUGCUGGACCUCCGCCAGUUUGAGACCGUGCAAAUCGCAUCUGCGUCGGACCUGCACCUGUACGCGACGACCAUCUUCCACAAGUAUCUCCGGCCGGAUGCCGAGCUGGCGGUCGACGUGCCGCUGGACCUGCGGAUGGACCUGUUCAAGGUGAUCGAGUCCAACCGGGUGAGCCGGUCGAUGUUCCAGCGCGCGCGGGCCCUGGUGUACCAGCAGCUGGAGGACGAGGUCUUCCCGAAGUUCUUCUACAGCAUUCUCGGCCGCCGGUACCUGGAGAGCAUUGAGUUUGAUGACAACGGCGAGGUGUCUCUGCUUUCCCUUGCCCAGCGCCGGAAGCCGGCCUUCUCGGACAUCGAGGCCGCCGUGUCGAUGGCCAACCUGUCGGCCUCCAACCAGGCCUCCGGCAUCCCGAACACGGUGGUCAUCGUCGGGGCCAGCGUCCGGACAUUCGAGCGCCGGCGCGACCCGGACAAGUACUAUGCGUACGAGGUCGUGGUCCACCGGGCUGUCUGCCGGCAGCGGCCCGCCCCCGUCGACGCCAACUCGUCUCAGGACCAGGCGAUCGCCAUCACGACCAUUGGCGUGUACCGCCGGUUCAGCCAAUUCUUCCAGCUCCACCAGGCCCUCACCAAGCAGUUCCCCCGGCUGGUGUUCCCGCCCUUCCCGCCACGCAUGAAGUUCGGCCGGAGCCAGGUCCAGCGCGUGACCGUCCAGAGGCUGGCCCACCUGGAUGUGUACAUGAAGGGACUGAUGCAGCUGGCCGAGGUGAAGACCUCGGCCCGGCUGUUGGAGUUCCUCCACCCAUCGGACGACGACAUUCAGAACUACCGCUUCAACAAGCGCCUCAGUGCCAUCUCCGUGGACUUCACCCUCAAGUACCACUGA